UGGCUCCUGCUGUAGCCCCCUGACAGCCUAUAACUUUCUUUGGCUUCUCAACGGAAUUCACUCUGCCUCCAUCCAGCCUCCACAUUGGAAAACAGGCAAAGGGAAAAUGAGACAGAGCGUGACUUCAUGACAGAAUGUCCCAACUCCUGGGUUGGGCAACAGUGCCCCCAAGUGACCCCUGUCACUGUUUGAUCCUAAGUAUCCUGUACAUUUGGAUGCCCACUGCCUUGCUAGAAUCCCCUCAGAUAGAGUGGACCUCGGACUCAUUCCAGGGAACUGGAGAACUGGAGGGAGGGGCCUUUGUGACACUGACCACAAACGAUGCCUACGCCAAAGGAGCCUUAGUCCUGGGAUCGUCUCUGAAGCAGCACAGGACCACCAGGAAGCUGGCCGUGCUUGCCACUCCUCAGGUCUCCGACUCCAUGAGAAAAGUUUUAGAGACAGUCUUCGAUGAAGUCAUCACCGUAGACGUCUUGGACAGUGGCGAUUCUGCACAUCUAACCUUGAUGAAGAGGCCUGAGUUGGGUGUCACGUUAACGAAACUCCAUUGCUGGUCACUUACGCAGUAUUCAAAAUGUGUGUUCAUGGAUGCAGAUACUCUGGUCCUAGCAAAUAUCGAUGAUCUUUUUGAGCGAGAAGAAUUGUCGGCGGCACCAGACCCAGGGUGGCCUGACUGCUUCAACUCUGGAGUCUUUGUUUAUCAGCCUUCAGUUGAAACAUACAAUCAGCUGUUGCACCUUGCUUCUGAGCAAGGCAGUUUUGAUGGUGGGGACCAGGGUUUACUGAACACAUUUUUUAACAGCUGGGCAACAACAGAUAUCAGAAAACACCUGCCAUUUAUUUAUAACCUAAGCAGCGUUUCUAUAUACUCCUACCUCCCAGCAUUUAAAGCAUUUGGUGCAAAUGCCAAAGUUGUUCAUUUCCUGGGACGAAUCAAACCAUGGAAUUAUACUUACGAUCCUAGCACAAAGAGUGUCAAAAGUGAGUCCCAUGAUCCUACCAUGACUCAUCCAGAGUUUCUGAACCUGUGGUGGGACAUCUUCACCACCAGCGUUUUACCUCUGCUUCAACAAUUUGGCCUUGUCAAAGACACCCACUCAUACCUAAAUGUGGAAGGCGUCUCAGGAGCUGUAUCACAUCUGUCCCUUGGGGAGAUCCCAGCUGCAGCCCAGCCUGUUGUGUCCUCAGAAGAACGGAAGGAGCGGUGGGAGCAGGGCCAGGCUGAUUACAUGGGAGCAGAUUCCUUUGACAACAUCAAGAGGAAACUGGACACUUACCUCCAGUAGAAACGCUGCCGUUUUCCCAUGGACACAUCCACUUCACAGGCGCUUGUUUCUGAUACUUAGUAUCUCGAGCUGGCUUAGGAAAGGUCUGUUACGAUUGCUAGAAGCUUUGCUAGAAUUCAUCAGAUGAGGGGAUUUUGCAAGACUAACAGGUGAGAACUGGGCAAAAGUUGUGAAGUAGCAGUUCUGUUAUGUGGACAGCGUUCUGCUUGUUAACCCUAGGCUUAUUCAUUACUCAGCUCUUGUCGGAAAUUCUUAAUUUUGCCGACCGCCAGCAUACGUGGUAAGGGAGAGUCAGGUUAAUUAAAAUGGCUGUUAUCGACUCUGAAAAU